CCCAAAGGUUACAAGGGAACGUGGACACAUGUGGUGUCCCUACCCUACCUUCCUUCAACCCCAACUCAUGUUUUUUGCCUCUUUGACUCUUUCCCUCCUCGAGAGGCUGAAAUUCACGUUCAGAGUUCUCUUCAAUUCAGAACCAUCUUUGUCCAAAAGCUUCACUCCCCUCCUCACUCACCGUCAGUUAAAAUUGCACCCGUGCUUGAUUCAACGCGUGACUUCCUGUUCGACACGAAAACUGUCCAAGUCCUGUAAAAAUCCCAUUAAGCCCAGAUUGGAGGGAUACCCAUUUCGUUUUGAUCCAGUUUCAGUGAUGGGUGGCUUCUGAUUCUUUUGUUUUUUGGCUGUUUAUUGGGUGGUGGGUCGUUGUGAAUUCUUGAUUUUCUUGUUUGGGGCUCCAGUUCAGUGAUUCCUUGAUCCAAUCUGAGUGAAGGGUCAUCUGAGAUUAGUUUUGUCGGUGGGGAAUUGUGGAGGAACCGACCCAAGAUGCGGCGGCGGCCGGCCGACUACCGGCGCCCGGUCCGAAGGAGGUAUUCGUGCUGGAUCUGGUCUCUUCUUGGGCUUAUUUCAAUUGCAGGAUUUCUUCUGUUUGUUGUUCAUCAUAAUCAAACCCAUGAGGAUCGGGUGGAACAUCCAAUACUGGAUAAAAAUGAAGUAAAUGAUCGGGUGGCCCAUGAGCGUCUAAAUUAUACUGAAGAAUUAUUAAAUGUCAAUUCAUAUGCUAGGCAAUUAGCUGAACAAAUGACACUUGCAAAAGCUUAUGUCAUAAUUGCGAAAGAGCACAAUAAUCUUCACCUCGCUUGGGAGCUCAGUUCAAAGAUCAGAAGUUGCCAACUUUUGCUAUCAAAGGCUGCAAUGAGGGAGGAGCCCAUCACGCUCGAUGAAGCGGAACCCAUCAUCAAAGGCCUAUCAUCUCUAAUAUUCAAGGCCCAAGAGGCCCAUUAUGACAUUGCAACCACAAUAAUCACAAUGAAGUCUCAUAUCCAAGCCCUUGAAGAACGUGCAAGUGCAGCAACAGUUCAAAGCACAGUGUUUGGGCAAUUGGCCAGUGAAGCAUUACCUAAGAAUCUUCAUUGCUUACAUGUCAAACUCACGGCUGAUUGGAUUGAGAACAAGUCCCUAAAAGAGCUUGCCAACGAGAAAAGAAACUCUCCACGUCUUCUUGACAACAAUCUCUACCAUUUCUGUGUAUUUUCAGAUAAUCUAGUGGCUGUUUCGGUUGUUAUCAACUCAACCGUUUCCAACGCGGACCAUCCAAAACAACUUGUUUUCCACAUUGUGACAAAUGGAGUGAACUAUGGGGCAAUGCAAGCUUGGUUCCUAAGCAACGAUUUCAAAGGAUCCACAAUAGAAGUACAAAACAUAGAGGACUUCACUUGGUUGAAUGCUUCUUACUCUCCCGUUGCGAAACAGCUACUUGAAAAAGUUUCACAAGCCUACUAUUUUGAAGAAUCCCUUGACAUGAAAAUUGAGCCCAAGUUUCGGAACCCAAAGCACAUAUCAUUGUUGAAUCACUUAAGAUUUUACAUCCCUGAGAUAUAUCCCCAACUCGAGAAGGUAGUUUUUCUGGACGAUGAUGUUGUGGUGCAAAAGGAACUGACAUCUCUCUUUUCGCUUGAUUUGCAUGGGAAUGUGAAUGGAGCGGUUGAAACAUGUCUAGAAGCGUUUCACCGAUACUACAAAUACCUCAACUUCUCAAAUCCCAUAAUUAGCUCGAAAUUUGACCCACAAGCAUGUGGUUGGGCAUUUGGUGUGAAUGUUUUUGAUUUGAUAGCAUGGAGGAAAGCAAAUGUGACUGACCGGUAUCAUUACUGGCAACAGCAAAAUGUGGAUCGGUCUCUUUGGAAACUGGGAACGCUUCCUCCCGGCCUUUUGGCUUUUUAUGGAUUGACAGAACCACUUGAUCGAAGAUGGCACGUUUUGGGAUUGGGUUACGACCUAAAUAUUGAUAACCGCCUGAUUGAGACUGCAGCGGUUAUCCACUUCAAUGGGAAUAUGAAGCCAUGGCUUAAAUUGGCUAUCGGCAGGUAUAGGCCUCUAUGGGAACGGUAUGUGAAUCGGAGCCACCCUUAUCUCCAAUAUUGCUUCACAAGUUGAAAUGCGCCGCACUUUUGUGAUUAGGUUCAUGCAAUCUCAAUAUUUUCAACUUUUGAAUUCUGUGUCCUCAUCAGUGUAGAUUCAAAAGAUAGAAAAUUUUGGCCUUAUAAGGACUUUCCCUAUUGUUUUUUUUUUUUUUGUUUCCUCAAGUGUCUUUUCGAAACUUGAAGAGGGAAAAGUUAUUCUUGUACACUUGAAAUAGCUGAAUUAUAUCUGGUAAAAAGGGGUUUGGGGGAUUUGAUUUUUCGCUGAUGGGGGUUUUCAUUAUCCCCUUCUACAAGCAGUAGAAUUGUUUGUUCUUCUGCAAUUCCUGUAAUUAUCUCUCAGCUCCUUCAAACUACAUUAGUUCUACACAACUUUUUUUUUUUCCGAAGAUGACUUAUGUUUACUUUAUAGUUCUUUGUUGAUCCAAACUUGAAACCAGAUAAUCUGGGCACUGUAAAAUGAUUUCUGCAAUGUACACUUCUUACGCUA